GAGUUCUUUACCGUUCUCCCAUUCGGUGCCUGCUCGAACCCCGAAGCCUUAUCACCACACGCAUCACACGCACACCGAGUGCUCGACGCAAUUCCCCAUUCCGCGAUGAGCGCGGCGGACAAGGUGAAGCCGGCGGCGACCCCGGGGUCGGCGGACCCCGCCGCCAUCGCCGGCAACAUCUCCUACCACGCGCAGUACAGCCCCCACUUCUCGCCGUUCGCCUUCGGCCCCGAGCAGGCUUUCUUCUCCACUGCCGAGAGUGUCCGCGACCACCUGCUCCAGAGAUGGAAUGACACGUACGUGCAUUUCCACAAGACGGAUCCCAAGCAGACGUACUACCUGUCCAUGGAGUAUCUGCAGGGCCGCGCGCUCAGCAACGCUGUCGGCAGCCUCGGCAUCACCGGCGCCUACGCGGAGGCCUUGAAGAAGUUCGGGUACGAGCUCGAGGCCAUCGCUGGACAGGAGAGAGAUGCGGCUCUGGGAAAUGGUGGCUUGGGCCGGCUUGCAUCUUGCUUUUUGGAUUCAAUGGCAACACUGAAUUUACCUGCUUGGGGCUAUGGCCUUCGUUACCGAUAUGGCCUGUUCAAACAGAUCAUUGCCAAGGAAGGCCAAGAAGAAUUUGCUGAAGACUGGCUUGAUAAGUUUAGCCCGUGGGAGAUUGUCAGGCAUGAUGUUGUAUACCCAAUCAGAUUCUUCGGCCAUGUUGAGAUUUCACCAGAUGGAACUCGGAAAUGGGCGGGAGGAGAAGUUAUGAGUGCUUUAGCAUAUGAUGUGCCGAUUCCUGGGUACAAGACGAAAAAUGCAAUCAGCCUUCGUCUUUGGGAUGCAAAAGCUACUGCUCAGGAUUUCAAUUUAUUCCAAUUCAAUGAUGGUCAGUACGAGUCAGCUGCUCAACUUCACUCUAGGGCACAGCAGAUAUGUGCUGUUCUCUAUCCCGGUGAUGCUACUGAAGAAGGAAAACUUCUGAGAUUGAAGCAGCAGUACUUCCUUUGCAGCGCAUCGCUUCAGGAUAUCAUUUUCAGAUUUAAAGAAAGGAAACCUGACAGAGUUUCAGGGAAGUGGAGUGAGUUUCCUUCCAAAGUUGCUGUUCAAAUGAAUGACACCCACCCGACUCUUGCUAUCCCUGAGCUAAUGAGGUUGCUUAUGGAUGAGGAGGGACUUGGUUGGGAUGAAGCUUGGGAUGUCACAAAUAAGACGGUUGCUUACACCAAUCAUACAGUUCUCCCUGAAGCUCUUGAGAAAUGGUCACAGACUGUAAUGAGGAAAUUGCUUCCACGACAUAUGGAAAUUAUUGAGGAAAUUGACAAGCGGUUCAGAGAAAUGGUAAUCUCAACCCGGAAGGAUAUGGAGGGAAAGAUUGAAUCGAUGAGGGUUUUAGAUAACUCAAAUCCUGAGAAGCCAGUAGUGCGCAUGGCAAAUUUGUGUGUGGUGUCUUCCCAUACGGUGAAUGGAGUGGCCGAGUUGCACAGCAACAUUUUGAAGGAAGAGCUGUUUGCGGACUAUGUCUCUAUUUGGCCUAAAAAAUUCCAGAACAAAACUAAUGGAAUUACACCUCGUAGAUGGCUUCGCUUUUGCAACCCUGAGUUGAGUGAGAUAGUCACGAAAUGGCUAAAAACAGAUCAGUGGACAAGCAACCUUGAUCUUCUUAUCGGGCUCCGCAAAUUCGCAGACGAUGAAAAACUUCAUGCCGAAUGGGCAGCAGCCAAGUUGGCCAGCAAAAAACGCCUAGCCAAACAUGUGUUGGAUGUGACAGGUGUUACAAUUGACCCAAAUAGCCUUUUUGAUAUACAAAUUAAACGCAUCCAUGAAUACAAGAGACAGCUGUUAAACAUUUUGGGAGCUGUGUACAGAUACAAGAAGCUAAAGGAAAUGAGCGCUGAAGAGAAGCAGAAGGUUACGCCACGCACUGUCAUGGUAGGAGGGAAAGCAUUCGCGACCUACACCAAUGCUAAAAGGAUUGUGAAGUUGGUAAAUGAUGUUGGUGCUGUGGUGAACAAUGAUCCUGAUGUUAACAAAUAUCUGAAGGUGGUGUUCAUUCCAAAUUACAAUGUAUCAGUGGCUGAAGUGCUCAUUCCUGGUAGUGAACUGUCACAGCAUAUUAGUACUGCAGGCAUGGAAGCAAGUGGAACAAGUAAUAUGAAGUUCUCUCUGAAUGGUUGCCUUAUCAUUGGAACUCUCGAUGGAGCCAAUGUUGAAAUCAGAGAAGAAGUGGGACAAGAUAACUUCUUCCUUUUUGGUGCCAAAGCAGAUCAAAUUGCUGGUCUGAGGAAGGAUAGAGAAAAUGGCUUGUUCAAACCAGACCCACGCUUUGAAGAAGCCAAGCAACUUGUAAGGAGUGGCGCUUUUGGUUCCUACGACUAUACUCCUCUCUUGGAUUCCCUUGAAGGGAACUCUGGAUUUGGGCGUGGUGAUUACUUCCUUGUUGGCUAUGACUUCCCAAGCUACAUUGAAGCACAGGCCCGGGUAGAUGAAGCCUACAAGGAUAAGAAAAGGUGGAUCAAGAUGUCUAUAUUGAACACAGCUGGAAGUGGCAAAUUCAGCAGCGACCGUACUAUCGACCAGUAUGCAAAGGAAAUAUGGGGCAUUACGGCUAGCCCUGUUCCAUGAAGUGGAGACGCAAUCAAGAUGAAGUUUGUCUGAAGCUAAUGCUUGGCAGUAAUAAGGAUUAUAAUGAUCCACGGUGAAUAACCCCUGCUUCCGUUGUAGCUCGGAAGAAAGUAGCAACGUACGAAGCUUGUUCUGUCGCGUAUCUCGCUACACCUUUUGUUUUUAAGAUCAUCCCGCUACACUUUUGAAGUGCAUGGAGGAUGCAACUAUUGUUUUGUUCUAUGUUUUUGUUCUGUAACAAUACUAUUGUGAUCUUUACCGGGUCUUCAUUCCUCAAUAAAAUAUUUCAAGCUUUUUGGUAA